AUGGUAGCAGUUAAAGCUGCUCUGACAUUUGCGGUGAUUUGCAUUCGAACAGCACACGCAAUAAGGUAUCUCGAAGCACCAAAAGACAAUGGACCUCCAAAACCGCCAGAAGAGACCCAUGAAGGAGCAAAAGAGACAUCAAAAGAUGGGUUGAAGAAUAUAAAGGAUCUGAAAACGCAACAUAAAGUGAAUGGAACACCUGCGGCUGCAAACGACGCAACUACUACAGGUGACAAGAAUACAAAUGUGGAUGGACCAGCAUCGGAUGCCACUGUAAGCGAAACUAGUACCAAGAAAACGCUAUUCGGAGCGACGACGGCCAAAGCAGAUUCUACAUUCAAGGCGCUAGGGGCAGCCGGGUUGCGAAAAUAUGACGCAAAAAAUGCUACCACAAAAGGAGGAGGCUACUGGUGCAGUGAAGCUAACUUGUUGCCAGAUAAAACUGUUGCAUGGACAGCUGAACUUAGAGGACCAAGGGUGUUAACGGGCGUCACCAUCACAUGGGUAUACGCACCGCAGUUUGUGGCUAUAUUAGCCAAGAGACAACGAGAUGGACAAUUUGAAGAAGUGGCGCCGUUCCAGGCAGUUGAUUCUGGCGAAACUACGCAAAGUAUAGAGUUUAAACGUAAAAUUGAUGCCCAGUUUGUUAAAAUUGCAAUGAAGGGACAAAUCAAUGGGUACUUCGGAAUAGAAUUCGUGCAAUUCCAUGGAGAGCCCAACCCUAUUUUCUCUAUACAAGCAGGAAUAACAUCUACAGAGGAUCUGUGUCUACAGGUGGAUGAAACUGACGAAGUAGUACUAGAGUCGUGCGUGGCUGCUAUAGCAAGCUUCAAAUUUAACGAUAUAUGGGGAUAUAAUGAAAAAAGACAAUUGUAUAAUCCAGCAACAAAGCUGUGUAUGACACUGGAAAACAAUGUUGAUACGGAUGGAGGAAGAGUUGUGAUGCUACCAUGUAACCAACAGUCGGGUACAGGUGUAAAUUCAUGGGACCUACUGCCAAAUAACCAAAUCAAACUCAGAAGGCCUGGAAAUCUAUGCCUCUCACAGACAGGUAGUAGCGCAGGGUUGGCAAAUGUUGCUCUGAAUAAAAUAGCGUCAAGUAGCAUGACACGAAAAAACGAUACCAAAUGUAAUGCGGAAAGCGCUCUGGACGGAAACCUACAAUCAUACUGGGCAAGCGAGGUGUUCACUGUAGAUUCGAUUCCUGAAAAGGUGGAAUUCGUGGUUAACCUACAAGAAUAUUAUAAGGUGCGGAAAAUCGAAAUCGACUGGGAGGCACCAGCACUGGCGUACAAUAUCCUGGUAAAAAAGGAUGACAAAGAUUGGCAAUUGAUAGAAAAAAUACACGCUAACACACUCAAGGCUACUGUAGAUAAUAUGCACAACAAAGUAAUACGGAUGAUCAAACUAGAGCUCCUGAGGCCAAACCCAGAAUACGCCAACAGUGCUGGGCAAAUGCACUAUGGCAUACGCAGCUUCGCCGCUUACAGUAACAGGCUCAAAACCAUCGUAGAACCCUGCGAACGUGCCAAACUAUCGAAGGAUGCAAGAGAUAAGUAUUUCUUGAACUCUGUGUAUGAGGUGGACUUACACAGUGGGGAACCUCUAAUCGCAGCUGAACGCGCAAUAGACACCUUAGUUGAUAACAUUGGAAAUAAAGUCGCACACAUUGAAAAUCUCCAUGGAAAGAUGCAACAAUGUAAAAGAAAACAAAUUAAUUCACUUAAACGAGCUCAAGAACUAGAAAGGUCAUUUGAACGCGUGUCUAACGCUGUCUACAGGUUCGAGACCAAACUUGAGCUCGGAGGAGAAUAUAUACCGGAAGAACACCUUCCAGCCGACUGUAUAGAAAUCAAAAAUCGUGGAGAAAGCAGUCCUAGUGGAUUCUAUUAUGUAUACCCGCCAUGUGCAAGCCAUAGCAUCAGGGUCUAUUGCGAUAUGUAUACUGGGGCAUCUUACUACGUGGCAACCGUAGAAAGCGGAAGAAUAGGGUUACAGGAAGUAUACACAACAUGUAGAAAAUAUGGAUUGGAUCCAUUGCAGAUACACCAUCCGUCGCAAAUAGAUGCCAUACAAGUUAUGCUUAAAACUAUGGAUGUCGCGCCAGACUGUCUAUACCCGGUGGCAGUCAAAGUAGGGCAAAAGUUCAAAUCGCUGGAUUUAAAGGAUGACGUCACGUUUGCCGUAAACUUUAAACCAAAUAGCGAAAAUAAUAUUGUUGCAGUUGCGACAGACGGGCCGCAGUAUGUAGAUGGGAGGAAAACGGAUAUGACCGGUAUUGUGUGCUCAAGUAACUACUCAAGUAUCAGGCUACCAACCGAAAUAAUCAAGCUUGGGUGUCAUACUCUGAUUAAUGAAAACCAAAAACUUAAGGAAGCAGCGGUGGGGGCCGCAGUAAAGGUAGCGUGUCCGCAAAAUUGCCUUCAAAAUUAUGACGAAGGCGUAGAUGUAGAAGGUGGUAAUGAUGGAUUGUAUUCUCUAAGAACGCCCAUUUGUGUCGCAGCUAUUCAUGCUGGAGAAUAUAGUAGAAACGCAACACUUGAGGUAAAAAAGGCGGUAGCACCCGCUGAAUUCGAAGGAUUUUUUCAAAACGGUAUCGAAAGUACAAGCGUGCCGGCUCUUGUGGGCGAUCUUGCAUUUAAAGUGUCACGUGUCCAAGAUGAGUGUAACAUGCAGAAGGUGACGCCACUAGUAGACAGGGAUGCUGCAAAGGUUGCAAAGAUGGAACCUAAAAUUACUGUCAAAAAACCUCAACCGAAUAAAUCCCAAACGCCUAAACUUUUCAACCACAGUCUGGCAAUUGAUGCUGCAACCGGAGAAGCUAUAGGAUCACUGGUAACACAGGUCAACCAACAGAGUGGGAAAGCUGCACCCGUAUUCCUCGAUUUAUUCCAUCACCAUGCUUCGGAAACCAUUGCAAGCGCAAUACAACUCAUAAAACUAGCUGAUAUACAGAGACAACCUAUUGAGGAACUCAUGGACCGCCUUGACGACGGGGUCAAAAUGAUGCAGAAGAAGUUACAAUGGUUAGCAGCAAGAGUUACUUACAAAAAGAAACCGCUUGUUGAAGGUAUCAAGUCGUUGAAACGAGAAUCAGCCAUUAAUGACUCCUUCGAACCGUGGUCAUCAGAUGCGGUCACGCAGAACAACAUAUUUGACAUUUUUCAUGCCUUUACGGUAGGGGAUGUACAGGGAGUGCCCAAAUGGACAGUAUCCAGCCUGUCUCUCAAGGGAGUAUUGGAAAAUGUUAUCUCGCAAACAAGUGAGUUCGGAGCACGUGGACCUGUAAGCGGUGCACUGCUCAACGUGAGCAAUGCGCAGUACUACGAUUUCGUGUUCUCAGCAGCUGUUUUCCCCGGUGGAAGCGGGACUCUAGGACUGGUUUUCAGGGUCGUGGAUGAUGACAACUAUUACCUUUUCCAAAUGGUACAACUUAAUGGAGGGUACAAGAGGUUAGUGAGGAUGGUGAACGGGAUCCCCUACGAAAUCGCGAAGAUCGAGGAUGGAGGUUUUGUAGAUGGGUUGUGGUACACGGUUAGGAUAGAGGCGAGACAAUGCCGCAUCGCUAUCGCAAUAGUGCAGGGUCUUGAACCCGUUUUCGACCUGCCUUCGAAUUCAAUCGAUGUUAUCGACUGUUCACAUGCAAGUGGAAGCGUUGGAUUGUUCAGUGGUCAAAUUAAUCUUGCCCACUUUGCCAGGGUACACGUUGAAACCCUUCCCUGCUUGCGUUACGACAGGCCGCCACCACCACCAAAACCGCCUAUUUGCAGUGUAUACAAGGAGAGCUUUGCAGUGGGAUUCACUGCCAACUGGCGAGCUCUCGACAACGCUGGAAGGUGGAGCUUCGAAGAUAACGUCGGAGGCGAACCUAAAGUUAUAGCUCAUCGUGGAUACCCGGCUAUUGAUGGCUCGACUGAACCUUCAAUGGCGUUGUUAAAAGGUGGACGUAGCUGUAAAGCUGGUGUUUUCCGUGCAGCAAUGUUCCCUCAGUGUGAGCCUACCGGUGUCAUGGGAUUACUGGUACACUUUGGGGACGCCGGAAACUACGUGUCGUUUGAGUGUAGUACGCGCCGAUGCCAGGCCAUUCAAAUGCAUAGAGGCAUGCGAAAUAUACUUGCUGAAACGGAAAUGAAGGGUUUGGAAACAGGAGUGUGGAACUAUGUCGAAUUGCUAUUCAGAUCAGACUCUGUAACGGCAUCCGUAGGGACACAAAUACUAGAGGCAGUGUUCAUCAACACCGCAGUGACUGAAGACGUACAACUAGGAGGUACUGUAGGGUUGUAUAGUAUGGGUUGUGCAGGGUGUGCGUUCGCCGAAGUGACACUAACACCGAACUAUGCUGCGGCGACGUACGGAGCUACUCAUCAGGAAGGUUACCGGAAGAAGCAACGAACAGCUCGCGAUGAUCAAUGCCUGGCGAUAGACCGACUAGAACACUGUAAAACUAUCGCACCAAAUAAUGUCGGAAAUUGCGAAACAAACUAUUGUGCCAUGUGUUGUGAGCGCCAGCACGCCGACGCACCUGUAGCGCAAGACACUUGUUAUGAGCGGUGCCGCGGUCUAGACCAUGCAGCAGUAUUGUUACAGACGACUUCGGACCAUUUCUGGAGAGGUUGUGCGCCACACCUUGAGCAAAGUGAAAAUGAACAGACAGGAACCAAACACACCGAUACAAAAGACGGAGAUAAAGUGAGCGAUUGUGAAUUGUGCUGUGAUUCUAGCCGAUUCCUAGAGGGAGUACCAACAAGCGUGAACCGCGCUGCGCAGGCCCGUUGCCGCCUAUUGUGCAGUGCCUAA